CCAAAGAGUAUUUUCUUCUUGUUUUGUCUGCCAUAUGACACCUAUAAAUACCACCUCCACCCUUUCCUUUCCUCACCAACCCACUCUUUCCUUUAUUCUCCAGCUUUGAAGCUCAUUCAAAGAAACCAAACCACACCCAUAACCAAAACUACAAACACAUCACAGAAAAAUGUCAGGGGUUUGGAUUUUCAGGCCAGAUGGCGUAUUUGGACCUCAGGUUGGAAGUCAUCAAUCAGAGUCCUCCUACGAUGGAGGGCAAGGAAGUAGUUCUAGGAGAAAGGUUUUGGUGCACUUACCAACCGGACAGGUGGUAUCAUCCUACUCCUCCCUGGAGCAAAUCUUGAUGGGUUUAGGGUGGGAGAGAUAUUAUGGAAGUAACUCCAACCUCCUCCAAUUUCACAAGCAAUCUUCCAUUGACCUAAUUUCUCUCCCAAGGGAAUUCUCCAAGUUCAACUCCGUUUACAUGUACGAUAUUGUCGUUAAAAUUCCCAAUAUCUUCCACGUCCGAGAUAUGUGAGCAUGCACGCAUGUCUCUCCCACUCUCUCUCAAUAUGUAUCAUCACGUGAUCUCAUUAGUUGUCCGCCGGUCAUUUAUGGUUUCUAGUUCCUAUGUUUUGUCCCAGAAUUUCGAAUGGUUUCAGACCAAUCGACUAGGCUUCCUCUCACUUCAUGUUUUCUAUAUAUAAUAAAGUGCAACAGUGCGUCUGUUUAAGGUA